AUGACAGAUUUACCGAGCUUUUUACCAAUAGGUAGAAAUGAGAAUGUCAGUUUAACCAAACCUGAAUCGUCAGCACCCCAAGAGAGCACAAGCUCUGAACAAUUAGAUACAGCCAAUGCUUCUAAAACUGUUAGUGGUCGUUCCUGGACUCCCAAGACUUUUAUAAUACCUGACACAAGGGCUAUUGAUUUGUUGUUGAACGAUAUGCCCCCAUCCUUUCUAGUGGUUGAAAAGGUGGACAUUACAGGAUUUGAGAUGUAUAUUGUGGAACAAUGGGCUCUAACUAGAAGAGUUGGUACAACGAUCACUAUCUAUACAGGAGACGACCAUAAUGUAUUGAAAGCCUAUAAAAUUACAGUCACCAUAGAUGAGGAGAACUUAUGGCCAAUGAGUUUUAAAAAAUAUGUGAACAGUCUCAUUUUAUCACAAUCUACCACCUUGAGAGAGAUUUCAGAUGCUUACUUAUUCGUCACAAAUUUAUCCCAAUUUCCUACCAACUUGAACUUGAUUCCUGUCAAGGAAGGCAGCUUAGCCGACAUUUGGGAUCUGUUUGUCACCAAUUUGAAUAUGAAGCGGCUGAGCUGUGCGGGCAGAUCAUUGAUCACUUUGACAAAUCCGGCCAAUUCUAUUCAUGAUAAGUUCACCAGUAGAUACAGCAUUCAUCCUGAUGUCCCUUUAAUGUAUGCUGCAAGAGAACUGGUUCUUAUUGUCCAGACAUUUUUGUACUAUUUCAGACUCAUUCGUCCGCUUGCUGUUGAUGGCAUGGCCUGUACUCACACAGAAGAAGCAAUCUGUCAGUGGUGGGAACAAUUUGGAAUCAAGAGUUAUCCCAUGGUUAUCAAGCCAAAAGACUUUUUCAGUCCCCUGAGUCUUUGUGGCUUGAUCGGGUUUGUCCUUACUAUAAGGGAACGUUUAGCAUCUUUUAGCAUGAGCAUCUAUGUUCCUUCAGAUCCACUUUUGAUCAAUGAUUUUAAAGUAAGUGUAGGUCAAUUCCAAAGGCACAUCAGAAAGUUGGCCCAUUCCAGCAAUGGCGACGGUUUAGGAAUUUCUCCUCUGCCUAAUCAAAGCUCGGAGUCGGCUAAAAACACGUGGUAUUUAGACGUCGACACGGUUGACAUUCUCUUGAGAUAUACAAGCCAUAAGGGAAGUAAUAAACCGAAUCUUAUGCAUGAUAUCAACAAGGUUCGACGAAUGUUCAAGAACACCGUCCAGGACCUAAGUUCGGGAAAAUCUUUACAGAGCUUUAAAAACACAGUUACAGAUCUUAGUACUGGUAGAACACUGCAAAACUUAGGUGUCCAUUCAGACGUGCCGGCAUGCUCUGCUUUUGAAUUUCCAGGCAUUGAAGUCCUAACAGAUUUCAAACUUCUAGUGCCCCGAAUGAAAGGUAAACGUAUGAACUAUCUAUGGAAAGGGAAAGGCAAACCAUUUGAUAUAGAGAGGAACUGCAUCAGUUCAUUGACACUUCAAUAUACAGCUAAAUCUUGGAGAGAAAAAACCAAGCAUGAAUCAUUUUCCAAAAAUAGAUCAUCGACGUUUCUGCCAGAGGGAAGACUCGAAGAUUCUUCCUCUAAUCAUUAUGAAAGAUAUGACUAUUACCUGAGUAAUGAAGCACAAAAAGAAAGCGGCAACACAGAACGUGAAGAGUUUACCAUUGAAAGACUGAAGGAAAAACUGAAAUCCAAAAUCUGGUUUGAAGAAGAUGAAACCACCUCUUCUGGAAAGGAAAAGACAAAGAGUCCAGUAGCCAAGAGCAAGCUUAGUAAGGGAGAACAAGCUGAUAAUAACGAUACAGAAGCACAUCGUUCGCAGACCGAACUAUGUAACCUACUAGAAAGAGAGCCAAAGAUCGAGACGGUGAACCACAAUGAAAAGUUUUACUCGUUAUUGCAUCGCAGAAAUUCCAUACCAUCAGCACAAGUUGAGGCAAACUUAAAUACUAUCAGUUAUCAGAAAGAGUAUGCUGUGGUGGAUACCGUUCAGAGACAGGAACCAUUCAUAUCAACGAGUAUAAAGCUAAAGCGAAGCAAGAGUUUUUCUGAAGUUGAGCCAGUUGUCAACCAAUGGAAUUGGUCAUUCUGUCCUUCUGUGGAACGUUUGGCAUUAGCAUACAUUAGAAUAAAAUGCAACAUGGACCGAGGAUUCUCCGUCCAGGCUUCUCAAUUUAACCAGGAUUAUGAAGAAGUUACACAUUUGCUAGCUACUUGUGUCAAUGAUUUUGCCCCAUUGGCAAAAGUGUCUUUGGAUAGGAAACUAUCGUGUGGAGAGGGUUAUCUUUUCGACAUGCUAAAAGGUAUACUUGAUAAGAGUAAGAAUCUUGAAUUUCAAUUGAAUGACAUUGAUUCUUUGAAUGCAAAGCUAGACUAUGAAUUGAGAUUAUUAUCUCAGAAAGUAAAGGAUGCAGAGCAAAGUCUUGUGCAAUUAAAAGAUUUCAAAGUCAACAAUCUCAUAAGAAGCUUAGACAAUUGUGGUAACAUGAAUUUUAGCAAGCGUAUUAGAAACCAAAUAAAACAAAAAGGGUACGAUACACAAGUUGGUCAAUACUCCAAAGAGCAAGGGUAUUAUGUGUUUUUCCAAACUUUGGUUCAAGUUUUGCUUGGCACAAUAGUAGAUAUUUGGUUAGCAUUCUUCCCCGGAAUAAACUAUGAGAGAGUGAAAAAGAUUUGGAUCAAAGUGGACCCCAGAGGCAGAACCAACAGAUUUAUUGGUCGGAUAGUUCCGACAAACACAUAG